CAUCGAGUGUCACUGCGUUCGGGAUGGAUAAAAGCAUCGAUAUCAGCGUUUGUUGGGUUGGUGGGAGCUGAAGGAAGGGCUCAUCAAAGGAAUGGUGUCCAUGUUUCCUUUUGCUCCUCCAUCGACGCCAAGCGGCUGAGGAUCCGAUCGUCGUGGUCGCCGUGCUUGACUAGUUGCAAAUUUCUCUCAACUCCGAACCCCCUCACUUGUUUUGCCGGAUAUAUUCUCUUGAACCAGCCAUCCUUCAUCUUUGUCCUGCGUAGCUUAGGAUAUUGCCCGCUAGCCUCUUCCCAUAUGCGCGGGGAGGGUUGACGUGGCGUUGAAAUAUCCUUGCUCAUUCCUAUUUGUUCUCAAGUUAACUGCCUGCGCCCCGACUUUUCAUAUGAUUGCUGCCAAUUUCCCUAUAUCUGAACGUCUGCUGUCUCUGUCGUGGUCAAUUUUCGUGAGCCAGGCUUGAAAACGCAGCCGUUAGGGGUUCUGGGGUCCGGAAGCGCCCGUUGAAUCCCAUCGCUGCUCAAACCUCCCAAAUCGACAGAAUGGCUUGUUCUAGUCCUUCCAUGACGGUGGAAUCCCAUGCGGAUCGAGAAGACACAGGCGCGACAUCAGGAUUCUUUUCUCCAACGGAAAUCCUCCGUAAUCGGAGACGCAGACAUUCGUUUCAUUCCUCUCGCCGGCUUUCCUGCGAUUAUGAUGCCGAUGCUAUAUUUCUUCGGGUCGAAUUAUUUCUUGCUGACUUGGAACGGCGGCUACAAUGGCUGGAAGAUUACAGACAAUCCCACGUGGUAGAUAUUGAUUCUGGCUUGAAGAGAGCGUACGCCGCUUUGCAGGCGGUCCGAGACAAAUGCAGCCAUGCAUCUGGGGAACUGAUGGGUGGAGGGAAGCGCCGUGCAAGAAUUGUGGUGGAAACUAUGGAGGAACAGUAUAACCAUGCUCUCGCAACCAAAGAGACGUUGGAGCAAAAAGCUCAGGCUAGUAUGCGGCUGAUGGAGAGUUUCUUAUCGGAACUGGAAGCGAGUGUUCAUGCCGUCAAAGACAGAGGUAUAUACGUUGCCAUCGACGAGGGCUGGCGGGCAGUGGAUUCGGGCUUACACCAUGCGCGGGUUGUCCUUGACGAGGGCAUGGAACGUGCACGUCAUGCCCAAGUUGCACUCCGGGAAAGCAUCGAUCGCGCGAUCCAGUUAGCUCAAGAAAAGCGCCUCAUCACAUAUGCCGAUCUCCCCCACCCAUGGAGAGUGAACCCGCACAUCCUGGACGGUUAUCGAUUCACCACAUCCAAGAUUGAAUGCGUGACUUCGGUUUUCACCUUUUCGAAUGAGCUCGUGAACAUUUGGUCGCAUCUGAUUGGCCUAAUCAUAGUUCUAGCUGUGGCACUUUACUUCUACCCUCUGAGCCCGAACUUCUCCCUGAGCACCAAAGCCGACGUCGCUAUCGCUGCUAUAUUCUUCAUAGCCGCCUGCAAAUGCCUUGUUUGCAGCACAGUAUGGCACACAAUGAAUGGCAUUGCAUCGCAAUCCCUGAUGGAACGAUUCGCCUGUGUGGACUACACCGGAAUAUCCUUUCUGGUCGCUGCCUCUAUCGUUACCACUGAAUAUACCGCCUUCUACUGUGAAGCCUUGUCUCGCUGGAUUUACAUACUCAUGACCUCUUCCCUAGGCAUCGCUGGCAUCAUCCUUCCCUGGCAUCCCACCUUCAACCGUGCUGAUAUGGCCUGGGCACGUGUUGCUUUCUACGUGACUCUUGCUCUCACCGGGUUUGCGCCAAUCGUUCAACUGAGUCUCACCCGAGGACUGGCAUGGUCUCUCUAUUUUUACGCCCCCAUCAUGAAGAGCCUCCUGGUGUACCUAACCGGUGCUUGUAUAUACGCUUCCCAGGUGCCCGAGCGUUGGCGCCCUGGCUUCUUCGAUUACUUUGGGGGUAGCCAUAACAUUUGGCACAUCGCUGUGUUGGGUGGGAUCCUAUUCCACUACCAUGCGAUGCAAGAUCUUUUUGCGGGUGCUUUUGUUCGUGCUCAGGGUGAAUGCCCUAGUUUGGCUUAUUAGAAUAGACUAUACACAUAUAAUAACGACCGCACAAUGAAUGUUUCAGAGUUCCCUGUUGAAAUGUGACAUUUCUUGGUCUCUCUACUCCUGGUACCCUCAUACACCUUUUCACCCGAAAUGAGUAUCAAGAAUAGCUUUAUUCAGUUCAACAAGCCUUGGUCAUGAUGCCUUGUUGUCAAUAUAUACUUGACACGUUAAUUAGAAGCCUUCAGUCUAUGCUUUUGAGCGAUUCGGUGAGAUUUGACAUGUUGUCUUUUAUAAUAUUACCCAUUCAAAUUAGUUAUAUGAGGUAUUGGUGAUGGUGAAAUGAAACUGUUAGAUAAAGACAAAAUUAAAAGAUAUUUUUGUCCAAGUGAUAAAA